GGGUUACCGUGUAGGAGCGUUCUUGGCGAGGAGGUGAUUGUGGCUGGAUUUGCGAGCUGAGGAAGAAGAGAGGAUGAGUAAGAGCAAGGACGAUGCCCCGCAUGAGCUGGAGAGCCAGUUCGUGCUGCGGCUGCCGCCGGAAUAUGCCUCCACUGUGCGGCGAGCGGUACAGUCCGGGAAUGUCAACCUGAAGGACAGGCUCACCAUUGAGCUACACGCGGAUGGGCGCCACGGGAUUGUCCGCGUAGACCGGGUGCCGCUGGCGGCCAAGCUGGUAGAUCUGCCUUGCAUCAUCGAGAGCUUAAAAACCAUUGACAAGAAAACCUUCUAUAAGACAGCGGAUAUUUGCCAGAUGCUUGUUUGCACUGUGGAUGGUGAUCUCUACCCGCCUUUGGAAGAGCAAACUGUGAGCACUGACCCCAAGGCAAACAAGAAGAAGGACAAGGACAGAGAGAAGAAAUUCAUCUGGAACCAUGGCAUCACUCUUCCCUUGAAAAAUGUACGGAAGAGACGAUUCCGGAAGACAGCUAAGAAGAAGUAUAUUGAGUCUCCUGAUGUGGAAAAAGAGGUGAAGCGUCUCCUGAGCACAGACGCCGAAGCUGUCAGUGUCCGCUGGGAAGUCAUUGCUGAAGAUGAAACAAAAGAAGUAGACAACCAUGGUUCGCUCACCAGCCUGGAUAUCUCCUCCCCAGGGAUGUCGGGACAUAAGCAAGGCCAUGGCUCCUCAGAACAUGAUGAACUGCGGGAGAUAUUUAACGACAUCAGCAGCAGCAGCGAAGAUGAAGAUGAGAGGGAUCAUCAUGACGAUGAAGACCUGAACAUCAUGGACACUGAGGAGGACUUGGAGAGGCAGCUGCAGGACAAGCUCAAUGAGUCCGAUGGGCAGCAACAGGAGAACGAGGGGUCCAACCAGAUAGUCAUGGGGAUCCAGAAACAGAUUGACAACCUGAAAAGUAAACUCCAGGAGACCCAGGACAGGAGGAAGCGCCAGGAAGAUCUCAUCAUGAAAGUGGAGAACCUAGCCCUCAAGACCCGUCUCCAGGCUGUGCUGGAUGAAUUCAAGCAGCAAGAAGAGCGAGAGAAGCAGCAGAUGACGUCCCUGCAGGAGCAGCUGGAGUCCCUCAUGGAGAAGUGAGGAGCAAGCCUGGGUCUUUGUACCUGCGAGCAGAGCUGGAAGCGUUCAUCACGCUGAAGUCUUUGCUCUAGUUACGCGCCUCUGCUGCCAGAUGUGCUACUGGGCGGCACUAGAGGCUCCGUGUCCAGAGCUGCUCUCAUGUACGUUGUGCUGGGCUUGGCUGGUGGAGCUAAAGAGUUGGACUAUGCCUGUGAGAGCAGCCAAAACCCUGGAUUUACUGUAAAUAUUCAGCACCAUUCUCCCAGAGGGAUUUAGUUCUCCCUGAGACAGUGCAGCGCGGCUUUGUGCGUCUUAUUGAGUCUUGGGCUUGAUGGGCUGUGGGCUGGUAGGAGCUUGUUCUUGUGUUUGAGGAAUGCUUGUGUCUGCAAACCAGACUCAAUAAACUACUGUUUCCAAUC